CGUCGGCAGACGCUAUUAAUCGUCUUAGAACGUAUUAAGUUUGUUUUAGUGUUAGUGCCUCUUGCGAAUUGUAAACCACCCAAAAUGAAGUUCAAGCAAGAACUCCUGACGCAGCCAGCAGGUGAGAUGUGGAAGAAGAUCAGAGAAGAGCUAAACGAAAAUGUCAACACGAGAGACCAGGACCUCAUCGCUAUUAAGGAUUGGCUUAAGAAGCAACCACAUCUUCCUGAUGAAUGGGAGGACCAGCCUCUCAUGACCUUCCUCCGCGGUUGCAGUUUCUCUCUAGAGAAGACCAAGCGUAAACUGGAUAUGUAUUUCACCAUGCGCGCAGCUUGUCCCGAAUUCUUCACAAAUCGGGACGCUAGUCGUCCAGAUUUGUACGAAAUACUUACUGCUAAAGUCCAAGGUCCUGCAUUGCCUGGUAUUACACCAAAUGGAAGAAGAGUUACCAUCUGUAGAGGUAUCCACCCAGACCUCACGGCUCAGCAGAUCGUAGAUACUCUGAAGAUUGCGCUCAUGAUUGGCGACGUUCGUCUGAUCGAAGAAAAAGAAGGCGUUGCUGGUGACAUUUACGUGCUUGAUGCAGCCAUUCUCGGGCCCAGUAUGUUGGCUCGAUUGACUCCAAGCUCUAUUAAGAAGUUCAUGAUCUGUGUACAGGAAGCCUACCCCAUAAAGCUGAAAGAAGUUCAUAUCGUGAACACAUCUCCGAUCGUAGAACGAUUCAUUAACUUCGUGAAGCCUUUCCUUAAAGAGAAGAUUCGAAAACGGAUUUUCCUCCAUAAAGAAAUAAAGGACCUUUACCAGUAUGUACCUCAAGACAUGCUGCCAGAAGAGUAUGGAGGCACUUCCAGUACUAUGGAUGCUCUACAGGAACAAUGGACCAAGACUCUCAUUACAUAUCGUGACUGGUUUAUUUCUCAAGACCCCAUAAAAGUAAAUGAAGAUCUGAGACCAGGGAAACCAACAAACUACGACGAACUCUUCGGUAUUGACGGUUCUUUCAGACAGCUCACCAUCGACUGAUCAACAUAUUGAUAUUUAAUAUUAGGUGCUUUUAUUUUUAACAUUAAAAGCUAAUUAUGGCUUCGGCAUGGCUCAAAUUUGAAUAGAUCUGCAAGACUCUGCUUAGAGACUAACCUUUUUAAGGUUAUAUUGUAAUUACGCUCGAUGCUUCCGUAACCGUGUUAGUGUACUGCAUCCGAUUCAUAUUCGUUCGAGCUUUCUAGACUCUCUUUGGAAAUAAAACUAUUUUUUCAGAUCUAAUUCGCAUAUAUUUGUUUUUUCAAAUUAACAAAAGUUUCGAGUCCUUCAUAGGUCCCGUAGUCACAGCUGACUCCUGACGGGCCUGCGCAAAGCGUUGGUUUAUUUAAUAAAAUAUUUAAACGCAGUCACGAUGCAAACGCGAUAUACGUUUUUAAUUAUUCAACAUUAGCGACUGCAUUGAUGCGAAACCGCCUAUUAAUCGCAAGUGUCGCGAUGCAAAGUCGCCGUGUGUAACCGAUAUUAGAUCCCAAAAAAAUUAACACGUCAUUUCCUAUAUGUAACGAUCGCGGAAACCUAGAAACUCUCUUUGGCUGCCGUUUUCUCAGCAAUCAUUCGGUACAAGACUUCGAAGCAUACAAUUUCUCAUGCAAAGCUCUGUUUAUUUUUACGACUGAUUAUGUUGUAAAUCGAUUUCGAUGAUUCUUUUGUUUGUUGGGCAGAGGGUACCUCAGUAUUUGUCCCAUUUAAAUUGAAGAAAACGCGACGCGACGCUUCGACUCUGUGCCAGUGUGAGUUGAGCCUAAGAGUGGGGAUGAAUCCGGUUUCGCGCACUUUCCGGUAACCGAUUUCAAUAAACUUGGCUUUUUUUAGAAUCUGUACUGAGAUUAUUCGGAAUCGAUUGCCGAAUCGAUGAUUUGUUUGAUAAAAACAAAUGUUAACAGUUUUAAAUGGAUCGACGGUCAAAUUCUAAUAAAAGUUCCUUCGAUCCGGCUGGAUUCGAACCAGCGCCUUCAGCAUACCGUGCGUACGCUCUCCCAACUGAGCUGCGUGACGAACCAGCGGACUUUACCAAUUUUUCUACGUGCUUAUUGCUUCUUGUUGUUAGAAUUACAUUAUAU